AUGUCAUCGUCCUUCGCCGCUGUCUCCUCCCUCUCCGGGCAGCUCUCCGGGCCUCCACUUCCUACGAGGAGACCCGUUGUGCCGUGUAGGUCGGUGGUGAUGCCGCAUGGGGCACCCCCCUCGUUGGGGUCUCUCAGGUUUUGAGCUCUCUUACUCUCUGUUGUGCCUGAGCUCACUGCUAAGUUUGUUUCCAUUCAUUACGGCAUUAUCGAAGUGUUUUUAACGUGGACAAAUUUGGAGAUGAGAAAUCGUUAGAACUAACUGUGACAUGAUCCAGAUUUCCAAUAGUCAUCAUCUCGUAUCAUUUUUGCAAAAUGUCCGCUGAUGUUCAAUUCGUUAUUUUCCUCGGCUUUUGGCGCAUGGAGGAGGACGUAAGGAUCCAUUUAAAUGUGUUUCUUGGAUUCUAGAACACAUUAUGUAUAAGUUGGCCUGAGGUCUGUUGAGUACUGCUGUGAUCGUUACAUUUUUUUGCUUUAGAUGAGUUGUAACGAGGUUUAUUCAGAUACAAUGUUUUGUGUUAACAGUAAGAAGUUGUUUUUUCCCAAGAAACUUGAUUAGCUUAGGUAAGUUUUACUUAUUGAUGGGUAGGGCAAUGAGUUACCUGACGAUAUAAACGCCUUCCUGACUGAGAAGCCUUUUUUAAUCUAAGCUGAUAAUACUUUGGGGAUGACGUUUUCUGGUUUCCCAUUUCUCCCCCCAUGUUUUACAUAUUUCUAGUGUCUGUCAACAUAGAGCUCAACGAGUGUCUAAUCAGCCCAAAUAUCUAGAACAUUAUCUUUCUCCCGUGGCAAUUGAAUUCGUGGUCCUCAGGUAGUCAGAUCAUCAUCCUCUUGAUCAUUUGGAUACAACCGAACUGGAACAUCAGGAUCUUCAUGGGGACGUCAAAUUUUAUACCUUCAUCCUGUAUUAUUUUCUGAAGGUCGGAGACAAAAUGCUUGAGGAUGUCGUGGAUUUUUCUAUCCUUCUAGAGUAUGGAAGCCUUAACAGAGUCCUGCUCUCAAGUUAUCAUAUUUAUACAAGGAUACUAUAUUUUGAAAUUUCGGAUGAAUCGAAGGUAUUGUAAGUACAUAUGGUACUUAACGGCCAUGUGUCCUUUUUUCGCUGACAUUAGAGAAGGCCUGGUGGCGAAGACUACAUUCCAUUAAAGACGUUAAUUGUACAGGAAAAGCUUGCUGAUAUGUCUCAUUAAUUAAUUCAUGCAUACAUUUUCGUUAUUUAUUGCUACAAUGUGAGAUGUUUUACCAAUGUAGCAUGGGGUAUUUGAUGAUUUGCUCAUUCAAGACUUUUAGUUGUACCUGACCCAUGACUAAUGAGUAUAGCUUCUCGUUAUGCUAAGACAAUUGGUUGCACGUCACUAAUUUUCCUCUGACGGGUACUUUCACUCACACAUCAUUUUGUCUGGUUCAAUAUAUGUUAACCCACUUCCUUCUCCAAUUGUUGAACGUAACACGACUUUUGCUUCUCUUUUCUUUUUCUUCAUCAUAAAAAGUACAAGAUACAGAUAGAUAUCCAGGAGGUGGAUCAUUGAAGAUGGUUUGAUUUGAAUUUCUUACUAUCCCAAUGGACAAUAAUUGUUUUAUUCUUCAGUUUCACUUCAUGUUUAUGAUAUUUCACCAUUUGCCUCUUCAUGGUUCACCCAAAACUCCUGUGGAGAUGGAUACGCUUUGGGAAUCAGUUAGGAUUUUGAUAAAAAAUAUAGAAUACCUAGUAGCCAGCAUCAAUUAAGUCUGAGUUUACUUGGAUAUAUCAAGAAAAAAUAUUUUUACAUUUGUACGAACUCUAGGUCUUUUGUGGUGGCUUAACUCGCAAUCAGAUUAUCCUGCUUCACUUAUGUUUUGAUUUCCACUUGAAAAUUUCUCUAUGGUCAUCCUUAGUAGUUAUGAAAGGUUUUCUGAAAUAAGAUACUGUUCCAAUUCAUGAUAAUUUGUUAUGUUCCGAGAUUGGACUACAUUUAUAUGGUGGGUUCUUCAUGUCCAGUUAAAUAGUUAACUAGAUUCCACCUCGUAAUUUUCUAUUUUUGUGCACCAUCUUUGAGAAAAUUUUUAAGGAGUAUUUAUGUCAAAAAAAUGUUAAUAUUUUUUCUGUCUUUCUCUUAAAGAUUAAUUUUUGUAGCUUUUAUGACUUGCAAUUUUCUCUAAUAGAGUAAAAUCAUUUUCCAUGAAAGCCCAUUUAUAGGAGGCUAAAGUGUUAAAUGACUUAAAGAAUCAAAGUUUUUAUGUGAUUUUUCUUACAAAGUGAAGCACUCAAAAUUUCGUGUCGGUAUGAACUUAUUUAAAUGAUCAAAGCUGAUUUUGUGACUGCUAUGCUUAUCGUAUGAUGCUAGUUGGAUGUUAAAGACCUUGGGGAGAUAAAAGUAAGUUCAACAGGAGGGGUAUCAAUGGACUAAGUAUACUUGGCCUGGCCUGAAUACGAUUUGAUCUAGUGGGAUCUUGGUUGGUGUUUGGCCCACCCCAUUCUCCCUGUCCGCCCCCACCCUUGCCGCCAUCUCCUCUCACUUCCCUAUCAUUCUCUCUCUCCCCCUCCACCUUUCCCCCUUCUUAAGAACUCCUAAUCCCCAUCCUGUCCACCCCUCCACUUCCUCAUGCCCUCCUCUGCAUCGAUCUAGUCUCCUCCUUGUCUUCUCUUCUCUCCUCGAAUUAGACAACUCUUCCUUCCUCUCGUAUCCUUGUCCUACCUCAAGGAAUCCUGAUCUCCCUGCAGUCAACUCGACCUCCUACACCCCCCCUAUUCUUAAAAGAUGGGCCCAAAUCAUCCUCCUCUCCCUUUACCUUCUCUAACUAGAGAAGUCCUCCUUUCUUUUCCCUCUCCUCAUCCCAAUCAGAGAACCCAUACUACCUCUUCUUCCCAUUCAGACUUAGAAGUCCGAAAAGCUCUAUUCUACGAGAAAUUGGAUUCUUUGGUUAGGAUAGGUUUUCACUGCUGUUGUGGUCCUUUCGUGCCUACACGUUUAUGAUCAGGCCUAGGCUUCAUAGGUUCUGACUCGGAGUCCAUUUUCCGGGCUUAUGUCUACACGCCCAGGUUUGGUUUGGGGUUUGUAAUAGAUGUUUGGAUUUGGCAAGGUCUGGCCCACGCCACUGAGAGCCUUACACAACAUUGAAUGCUCAAAGAUGUACAAAGAGGGUAAGAUGGGUGGGGAGGGGCGAUGGUUUUGUUCACGAACCUGAAGAUAAAUAAGAGUAAUAACAAGUUUAGGGACAUUUAAAUAAUUUUAAUUAUACCUAGAUAGUUUAUUUUUAUAUUUUCUAUAACUACUAUAAUAAUAAGACAACCAAAGCAAUGUAGAGUUGGAACAUGAUUCUUGUAAUUUUUCUUUUUUGAUGGAGAACGUUGCGACAGUCCCAUUUCUGGGUGAGUAAAGAUUGUGAAAUAUUUUCUGAAAUAUUUGUCCCAUUCCCUGGACAGAUUGUGUGUCAGAUGUAGCUAUGCAACAUCUAAUGUGGGGGAGAAUUUCUCUUCUGUUCCCAUAGAUGUUGAUGCAGAGGUGAAGACUGAAAGGGUGAGAGUUUGGAACUUCAACUGGAUCUCCUUCGAUGACUAUUUACUGGAACCUACUUAUCCAAGCUCUGACUAUACAAUUUAUGAAGAUUGUGGUCCUGGGAGGCAAUGGAUUUGUUGGUUCUGCGAUAUGCAAGGCUGCAAUCUCCAAGGGCAUAGAAGUGGUCAGCGUCAGCAGGUCUUUAAAGCCUUUCUUUUCUAAUUAAUAACUCUGUAUCAUAUUUGACAUUUUUCGUCUCAUAUUGCAUCUCAUGAGGUAGGGGAUAAUUUUCUCUGGUUUUGUAUAACGUUCGUAUUCUAAUGAGGAUAAAGGGAGGAAAUUCACGCUUUCAUAUUCUGUUCUCUAUACUGGUCAGUGCUUAAAGUAUUAAAUAAUUAUUACAGGUCUGGGAAGGCUUCUUAUUCGGAUUCCUGGGUAGAUCAGGUCACGUGGGUAGUAGGUACAAUCCUAUACCUUUGUUUGAUUUACCUUCGAUGAUGUUAUCUCGAUAUGAAUAUUUAAUUUUAUGGUUAUAUAUUUUCUAUCGUUGCUAUCUGUAAAAUUAUUUAUCUUGCUUUGGAUAAGUUGGUUUUUGAUGGUUGUUUGGACUUUUGGCAUGGAUGUUCAUGUGUCUUUUGCCACAGUGGUAAUAUAAGAUUUUGUUGCUUAACAUACGAGUAUACAGAAUUAUAGUUGUGAACAGAAUGACAUGAUGGUCCAGCUCAUGUAUAAUCUCACACUACCAACUAUUCAUAUAGUCGACUAAUAUGAUCAAUAUAAGAAGCACAGCUCGACCAAAUGAUGCUUGGUGCAUUGCCUUUUAAUUUUAGGCGCUUGAACUGUUGUUUCUGCUUGUCAGAAUUAAGCUUGUUUGUAUUUCAUGUUCAGCUUAUUGUAUUCUGCCAUCUUCCCUUUUUUUUGUGUUGAUAGUUUCUCAAAUUCAUUUAAAAUAAAUAAGAGAUAAAGGAAUGUGGAUGUUUGUGUCAGUUCCUUACUGGAAGGUAAUGUCUACUCUGCGUCACAUGCUCUCACAUUGUAGAGACACCUCCAUUACAACACUGUUGCCCUCCACCCGCCUACAUAUUAUGUAUGGUUAUUUUUUUAAGAUUGAAUGGAAUUACCAUAUUAUUCCGUUCUUUAGAACAAUAAUGCAAUUUAAAAGGCAUCCUUAGGGAUCUUGCUGAUUAAACUUUUGAAAAAACUUGUUUUAGAUUUUGGUUAACUCAUGAAAUCCUCUGGCUUCUCUUCUGACACUGGGAACGCUAUCACUUGCUUUAGAAAUUUGAAAUCAAGCAUGCUUAUGGUCAACCUUUAAGGAUACAGGACUAUUUUGCCACGGUGUUAUCCAGUAAGACUGUGAUGAACCUCUUGUCUGUUGUCAAUUAGUCAAGUCAUCAGUUAGUUUCUGGAAUCAUGAUGGUGGUCCAAUGGACUAUAUCUGUGAUUAGCUGCGUGUAAUCCUAUUUUGUGUUGUUUGAGACAAUCAAUGGUCUGGAACAAUUCUCUCGUAUAUAGUUCUUCAGAGUAAGUUCUGCAUUCAUUCAAACGGCUCAAUACAUGCAGGAGAUGCUUUCUAUUUGAAUUGGGAUGAGGUGCUAGUGGGAGCAACUGCUGUGGUCUCUACUCUGGGAGGCUUUGGUAGUGAGGAGCAGAUGAAGAAGAUAAAUGGCGAAGCAAAUGUCUUGGCUGUUGGUGCUGCCAAAGAUUUUGGUACGGUAUUAUUCACUUUCACGUGCGCUCGUGUUCAAUCUAUUAAAUACAACUAUUUUUCGUGCUGCAAAAGUAUACAUCUUGACUAAAGGAUUUUAAAUGCUCAAUCUUGACGCAGUUGUUACUAGUUUAUGAUUGCUUGGGUAUGCUUAGCAUGGGGAGGGGGGGGGGGGCUGAUUAAUACUAUAUGAAACAGUUUCUUGUGCAUCGUUGUUCCUGUUGGAAAAGGAAUGCUAAAUUUUUGAUAAAAACUGAAUUAAGUAACUGGUGUCCUAUGAUGCCCGCUAGGUGUGAUUCAAAUGGUAUCAACUAGCUAACUUGUGUUUAUCCUCAUCGAUAACAGCUGCAAACCAGAUAAAAAACUCUGCAGUUUUUGAAAGCCUGUGAGCUAUGAAUCAAGCAAAGGAUUUUGUUCUCAGGAGAAACCGUCGUCUAAGUGAGAAGAUUACCUGAUUAAAGUAAAAGAGGUUGGGGGAGGAGGUGGGAGGUGACGAUCCUUUUUUCGUCUCUGGGAGAUUACCUGAUUGAAUGGACGCAUGGCCAUUCAAUUUUGGCAAACGUCCUAAAGGUCCUCAUACCUCACCUUCCUAUAUAGCUCUCUAAUCUUAUGCUCCCAGAGUCAAGAACGCAGGAAUUCAAGAAUAAACUAAAACGUGUAAUUGGUUUGUAUCAUUGACGGUCGUAUGUGGCGCUGUUUUAAAUGUGCUGCCUUUUUUUGGUUAUUGAAAAAUUGUUCCCAAUAUUGUCUCGCAUUUCCUCUACAUUGUAGAUCGUUUCUGUUUCAUAGCUGGGAAAUCGUUUCAAACAAUGUGUUCAGCGGCAGAAUUUUCAGUAUUCCUUUUUUCAAUCUUAUUUAAUAUUAUUUUUUCCAUAUCAUGACUUCUCACUGUUAGCCAAAUAGUAUUAGAUAGCUAUCAGUUUUGUAGUCUCUCUCCGCCAACAGACACACUGGAGCCUACUCAACUUGGGUUUCUUUAAGUGCGUGUCAUAGGGGAAAGUUAUGCCAACCGAACAACCUCUGUAACCCUAACUCAUCAGAGUCUUAAGAAGAGCGAGCUCUUCCACUCUAUCUGUAAUGGGUGGAGGUGUCUUAUCUGUUCGUCACUAGGGUCCUAGCUAUCUCACCACACCCUCUCAGAUGCUGAUGACGCAGGCGCCAUGAUUCAUCGUCGAGUUCAAGCGCUUAUGAAUGUGGACUGGCUACUAGAGCUAGAUCAUCAGAGAGAUCCUGCUGUUCUUCUUUCGCCCAUAAUGGAGGGAGGUUAUGGCGGGAGGAGGGGCCGGUGCUCAUCAUUUCGUUCUGAAGAUGAAGUUUCUUCUGUUUUGCCCUUGCAGGUGUCCCCAAGUUCAUCCUCAUCUCUGUGCACGACUACAAUCUACCCUCGUUCUUGCUCUCCUCAGGUUACUUCACAGGAAAGCGGAGCGCUGAAUCGGAGGUCCUCUCGAAGUACCCAAACUCAGGUGCCUACUCAAAUUCCUCUCUCUCUCUCUCUCUCUCGCUCUCUCUCUCUCUCUCUCUCUCCAGUUGACUAUGUUAUGCAUUGUUUUUUGCAAACACAGGAGUUGUAUUGAGACCCGGGUUCAUAUACGGCAAGCGGAAAGUUGACGGCUAUGAGAUCCCGCUUGAUCUCGUGGGGGAGCCGCUGGAGCGGUUUCUCAGUGCGGCGCAGAACUUCACCCGGCCACUGAGCUCUCUUCCAGCGUCUGAUCUUCUUCUUGCGCCACCUGUCAGCGUUGAUGAUGUCGCCUUUGCCGUGGUCAACGCCGUGGUGGAUGAUGGGUUCUUCGGCGUCUUCACCAUUGAACAGAUCAAGGAGGCUGCGGCUAAGGUGAGGGACUGA